AUGUCCGCGCAGAAGGACUUCAUCCUCUUCGACGAUCCUGCGCCCUCGGCAGCACGCGCCGACUCUUUCAGGCCCCUCCCCUCCGCAACCGCACAGCUCCCUCCACCCAGCUCCUUCACAAAGCAUCGCUCGCCCAGGCAGUCUCCCGCGUUCGACGAUGGCGCUCCACCCGCGCCCGACGCUCUCAACGAUGCUGCUGGCCCGCGCCGCAAGCGUCAGAGGAGCGACGCUUUCGCCCAUCCUCCCAACUCCACCACCUCACACCACGCACUUGCUCCCAACCAACGCAUCUCGCCGCCCAGCGGCAGCCUCGGCGCUCCCAUGCACGAUCUCUCCCUCGGCGACUCGCUGCCUCUCUACGACCGCACCGCUUCAUCCUCCGCCUUGCCUUCCCCAGCUUCCACCGCCGCCAUGUCCCGCGAGCAGCAGGAACGCGUAAAGGCGCAGAUCCGCGCAGAGCUCGCCGGCGUCGACACCCGCGCCUUCAAAGGUCCCCUCCGCGACAUCCUCCAAAAGCAAGACUACACUCCCAGCCACAACGACAUGCAGACCAGCCCGCUCUCGGCUUCCAGCGACCCCAUGCAGGCUGGCGUCGCCCCCUCCUUUAGCCUCUUCCCAGACUACGACAUUGGCGGCUCCCGUUCCCGCAGCCACUCCACUCACAAUGGCAGAGCCACGCCCCAGGAGAACCCCAACGCAGCAGACCAAGACAUGCCGCCUCUCCUCAGCCAGCGCUCCUCCGACAUGCGCACAAAAUCUGGCAACAUCGAUCAAGGCUUCGGCCCCAUGUCCUAUCCUCCCGCCCGCCACUCCCAAAACAUCCUUCCCGACUGGGCACGCCAGUCGCACUCCACUCAAAUCUCGCGCGAGCAACACUCUCAGUUUUCGCAACAACGGCCCUACAUGCCGCCUCCCGCACUCUCCCAGAGCCUGCUUGCUCAGCGCGGAGGUCCAGUCUCCAUGCCCUCCACCGAGCCUGCCCUCAGUGCAAACUACGCCGAACCUCGUCGUCCGCUCAAGCGCGAGUCCAGCGGCCUCACCGUCAGCCCGCAGGAAGCCUUCCUCGACUACGACCACGUCGAGAACCACCUCUCCCACUCGGGCCUCGGCAAGAUGCCCAGCCUCUUUGCAUCCGUACCCCCAGGACUCUCCGACGCAAAGCUGGCGCCCAUGCGCGCAUCCGCAGGCGCUCAAACUCCGCGUAUGCCGUCGCAGCACAAUGCUCCGCGCGCACGCUCCUCCACAGACGAGGCCGUCUACGCCGCACGCCCAGUCGCCAUGACUCGCAACGACACCGCCCGUCCGCAUCACUACCAGAAGCGCCCGGGUCCCAGCGUGCACCAGAGCCCCGCCGGUCGCUCGCCCUAUCUCAACCAGAGCGACGGCCGUGGAUCAGCCAGCCAAGAGUCGGGCUCCCAAAGCAGCCUCUUCAGCCCCGUCGACAGCGGCGACACCAUCUCCACCGACGACGACGAGGACGAGCGCCCCUACUAUCCGCCCAACAUGCGCCCCAGCAUGAUCCGCGGCGGCCCCAGCAGCCUCUAUCUCAAUUAUCCCCGCCCCUACUAUCCGCCCAACAUGCGCCCCAGCAUGAUCCGCGGCGGCCCCAGCAGCCUCUAUCUCAAUUAUCCCGUCAAGGGCGAUGGGCGCUCCUCCCACUCGCCCUCCAUGCUCACACGCCCGCUCUUGGGCAAAGAGCGCACCUCGAGCUCUGGCAGCGGCGCCUGGUCGCACGUGCGUACCGAGCCCUGGGCCUUGCGCCAAGCGCACAUGAAUCAGCCCCGCUUCUCCGACGUCUCGGCCUCCAGCAGCGAUUCGGACGACGACAGGUACGGCCGACGCGGCCUCCAGCACCGCCAGGGCGCCGACUACCAUCCGCGCCACGCCGCGCAUCAUCAGCCGCACCCGCACCACGCAUAUCCGCCGUACGGCCGCGCGCAUCCGCAUUCAACAUCGCCGCACGCCCACUCUGCAAACCACGAUGCGCGCAAUGCGCAUCGGCCAAGUCUGGGUCAGCAUCAGUCUUCAUCCGAGGACAUGGACGAUACCGACCGGUACGGCCGACGCGCCUCUGGGCGUAUGGAUGAGCGACCUUCGCGUGCACACGUGCCCGGCGCGCUAGGCGGCUACGGCUACAUCCCCGGCAGCCAGGAGAGCGGCCUCAGCGUGCCCGGCGGCGGCAUCGCGCGCAGUCAAGACGACGGCAGCAUCAGCCCAUCCAUCCGCUCCUCGGCGCAGACCAUCGACCACCGCGGCAGGUACGAAGCGCCGGCCCCCGAGAUCAGUGCUCCACCUCCGCUGCUCACGUCCCGCCAGCCAAGUGGCGGUGCUCCCAUCCCCGCCGCCACCGCCAACGUCACCGCCAUUCCCACCGCCUUGCCUCCACCUGGGGCCCUGGGGCCUGGGAGUGCUGGUGUGCCGCUGCGCGACGAGCGCAUGGAGGCGAGCGGUGGGGACGAGUCCUCCUCUACGGGCACCAACAGUGCGAGUGGAGGGGGCAACGAGUCGGACUACGAGGACGGCUCCCCAGACAGUGCCGCCUCGAAGCGCUCUGUAGCGCGCAAAGACAAAGGCGGCACGACGACGACGACUCUGGCGGCAGCAAAAGCGCUGACGAGUGUUGCAACCGAUGGGACUACCAAGUGCGACUACAUCUCGCCGAUCACAGGUGCCGAGUGUCAGACGGCUUUUCACCGGCCGUACGAUCUGGCGCGCCAUCGCGAGACGAUCCACGCGCGCGAAGAGGCCGGCUUUGUCCGCGACGGCAAGCUCUCGCUGGACGCGUGCGUGGUGCUGGGCAAAGAGGUCGAUCCGAAAAAGUCGACCGCCGUCGUCGAGUGGAAGUGCAAAGAGUGCGGUGCCAACUUCAGCCGCAAGGACGCCAUGCUCCGCCACGAACGGCUGCGUCAUAAUGCGGCCAACAUUCACUGGCUGAUGUACUUUGGGAAGGUCACUUUUGAGUUUCGCCGGGUGCGGCAAUCGUAUGACCAGCAGCUGCAAACCCUAGCCCAAGCCGAUGCUGAAGCCAAAGUUCAAGCCCGAGCUCUAGCCCGAGCUCGAAAAUUAGCCCGAGCCCGAGCCCAAGCAGAAGCUCAAGCCAAAGCUGAAGCCCAAGCCCGAGCCGAAGCUCAAGCACAAGCUCACCUGAACGGUCAGCAACACGUCCAGCAAGCGGAGUCGCACAACGCGCCUUCACCAGCUCCUCAGCAAGCUGCUGUUCAUCGGCAGGCUGUGUCUCCUGUCAAGCAUGGUGAAACGACACAGGCUCGCCAGCCGCCUGCCGCUGUGACAGACGAGGUUCUUCCCGUGGCUAAGCAUCGUCCUGCAGAACCAGCACCAACAGCUGCCGUCGCUCGUUCCGAGCCUGUGCCUAGUGCUGUUGGAACUCCGCCUGCGGGCAUCACCAGCCACAAGGCGAGCACUCAACGUCGGUCUGCAUCGCCUGCCGUCGCCUCCGAUGCCGGCAGUGCUCGAGCUGAUGACGGCGAGCGCGAUGGUGCUAGUGUCGCUGCGGAAGAGGCUGGAGAAGACUCGUCUGAGCGCGAUGUCGACGACGGUAGCGACGCAGCCGAUGUGCACGCUGACUACGAGCGCCUCAUGCGCAAAGACGAAGAGACGACCCGAGUUCAAGGUGACGCUGAGGAUCACGACGACUAUGACAUGGCGACGAUCGAGCACACGCUCAUCUACCCUCCCGACGGUAAAGUCAGCAUCCCCUUUCCUCCUUCGGAGCUGACGGAUCCGUUGGUUGCAGGUAUGGUGCCCGGCUCGCGUCGGUGGCGCUUCGAAGCCCUUCCCACCGUGGCAGACGAGGGGAAGCUCAUCUCCAAGAUCAUCAACAUGUUGCUCGAGGACAAAUUCGACCUGCAAGAAUGUUCCAUCUCUCUACCGCCUGCUCCGGGCAGGGAGCGAUUUGUGCAGAUCCACUUCAAUGUUCUUGCUGACUACGUCCAGGCUGCGACGCUCGAACUCACCUGGAAUGGAAGGCCGAUGGAGCUGGUCAGGAGUGCGGCUCCACUGCGCAAGCGCAGCACUGUGCUCAAGAUCUACAAUAUCUCUGGACCUACUGCAGAGACUAUCGACAACAUUUCCAGCGCCAUUGGGGACUUUGUUAGCAUCGAUAACAUUUGGCGCCUCGAUAGGGUGGUAUACAUCAACAAGAGCCAGUCGACAAUCACGGUCAAAGGCAGCACGCUCCUCAUCCUGGCUACGUUCCGGGAGCAUCCGGCGGUGGGAUGGUACGGGCCACAAGAUCUCCCUGGCUUUGUAGCUACUCGAUCGAGCACGCAUGCGCUGCACUUUAUUGGUCGCACCAACCGCUGUGGUUGUCGCCUGCCCGAACGCAACUCGCCGCUCAACUGCGUUGGAAGCACCGAUCACCCAGGCAUGCAGCGAAAGCGCACUCGCGACGAUGCUGCGUCCUUUCCUCACCCGGUGCAGAAGAAGCACAAGAAGGAUGACACGGGUAAGAAGCAAGUCGAUCAGCCCGAAAACUAG